GACCGGGCUCACUCCAAUGGGCGGCACCGGGGCGACCUGAUGUUCCCGACGGCCCGUGCGUCGGCGGUGGUUGGGUGGUAAGAUGGCGGCUGUGAGUCUGCGGCUCGGCGAUUUGGUGUGGGGGAAACUUGGCCGGUAUCCUCCUUGGCCGGGAAAGAUUGUUAACCCACCCAAGGACUUAAAGAAACCGCGUGGGAAGAAAUGCUUCUUUGUAAAGUUUUUUGGAACAGAAGAUCAUGCCUGGAUCAAAGUGGAACAGCUCAAGCCGUAUCAUGCACAUAAGGAGGAAAUGAUAAAGAUUAACAAGGGAAAACGAUUCCAGCAAGCUGUGGAUGCCGUAGAAGAGUUCCUCAGGAGAGCCAAGGGAAAAGACCAGACAUCGUCCCACAGUUCUGCUGAUGACAAGAAUCGGCGUAAUUCCAGUGAGGAGAGAAGUAGGCCAAACUCAGGUGAUGAGAAGCGCAAGCUUAGCCUGUCUGAAGGGAAGGUGAAGAAGAACAUGGGAGAAGGAAAGAAGAGGGUGUCUUCAGGCUCCUCAGAGAGAGGCUCCAAGUCCCCUCUGAAAAGAGCCCAAGAGCAAAGUCCCCGGAAGCGGGGUCGGCCCCCAAAGGAUGAGAAGGACCUCACCAUCCCCGAGUCUAGUACUGUGAAGGGGAUGAUGGCCGGACCCAUGGCUGCGUUUAAAUGGCAACCAACCGUGAGCGAGCCUGUUAAAGAUGCAGACCCUCAUUUCCAUCACUUCCUGCUCAGCCAAACCGAGAAGCCAGCUGUCUGUUACCAGGCAAUCACAAAGAAAUUGAAAAUAUGUGAAGAGGAGACUGGGUCCACCUCCAUCCAGGCAGCAGACAGCACGGCUGUGAAUGGCAGCAUCACACCCACAGACAAAAAGAUAGGAUUUUUGGGCCUUGGCCUCAUGGGAAGUGGCAUCGUCUCCAACUUGCUAAAAAUGGGUCACACGGUGACUGUCUGGAACCGGACUGCAGAGAAAUGUGAUUUGUUCAUCCAGGAGGGGGCCCGCCUAGGAAGAACCCCCGCUGAAGUCGUUUCAACUUGUGACAUCACGUUUGCCUGCGUGUCGGAUCCAAAGGCAGCCAAGGACCUGGUGCUGGGCCCCAGUGGUGUGCUGCAAGGGAUCCGCCCCGGGAAGUGCUACGUGGACAUGUCAACGGUGGAUGCUGACACAGUCACCGAGCUGGCCCAGGUGAUUGUGUCCAGGGGGGGCCGCUUUCUGGAAGCCCCGGUCUCAGGGAAUCAGCAGCUAUCUAAUGAUGGGAUGUUGGUGAUCUUAGCGGCCGGAGACAGGGGCUUAUAUGAGGACUGCAGCAGCUGCUUCCAGGCAAUGGGGAAGACUUCCUUCUUUCUAGGUGAGGUUGGCAACGCAGCUAAGAUGAUGCUGAUCGUGAACAUGGUCCAGGGGAGCUUCAUGGCCACCAUCGCUGAGGGGCUCACCCUGGCCCAAGUGACAGGCCAGUCCCAGCAGACACUCUUGGACAUCCUCAAUCAGGGACAGUUGGCCAGCAUCUUCCUGGACCAGAAGUGCCAAAAUAUCCUACAAGGAAACUUUAAGCCUGAUUUCUACCUGAAAUACAUUCAGAAGGAUCUCCGUCUAGCCAUUGCGCUGGGUGAUGCCGUCAACCAUCCGACUCCUAUGGCAGCUGCAGCCAAUGAGGUGUACAAAAGAGCCAAGGCACUGGACCAGUCUGACAAUGACAUGUCUGCCGUGUACCGAGCCUAUAUACACUAAGCCCUUGACCCCACCCCCACCCCCCCAUCUUCCCUCUGACCCCCUCUUCCUCACAUGGAGUUGGGGUCCUGGGACUUAACUCUGGACCAGUCCACCUGUCUCCAUCUUCUUUUUUACAGACUUUGAGACUUGCCAUCAGCACAGCACACAGCGUCGCUCCUCCCCUAGAGGUCCUGGAGAGGGGAGGGGUGUCAGCAGGAUUGGCCUGUGGGAAAGCUCUUGAGCUGGGCACCGGCCUUGGACUAGGUGGCUGUGUGUUCACACACACAAACACACACACACACACACAAACACACACACACACAACGCACCAUACUGGCUCUCGCCCCAGGAUAGAAGCUGCCCAGAAACUGCUGCCUGGCUUUUUUUUUUUUCCCUUUUUCCAAGCUGUCUUAUCUCAAACCCCUUCCAGCUGAGGAACUAGAAUCAGCAGUGAGAAGUGGAAGCUUUCCCACUGCUUCCCUCACAACGAAGAGGCUGUGGUUCUGUCCACUGUCCCCCACUGGAUCCCACGCAGAGAGAGGCUCUGGGCCAAGAUGAGCCAGCAGACUGUAAACCGAGGGUCCCAUGGGCCCUCCAACCUCAGGUGACCAGCUGAUGAGGAUUGUCAUGUUUAAGCUACCAAUGUGCAACCAACUCUCCAUAAAUGCCUUUGUGAGCUGAAAAGGGAUUGGCAGAGUCAAGCGAAGACAGGGCUCUGGCUUUCCAGGGAAAGCAGCAAACAGCCCGCCCCUAGGUGAGCUUCACAGAAGCCCUCUCCUCACUGCUGUUCAGCACCUGCCCGGAAGUCACCGUCACUGUGGAGCCUGGGCUGGGAUCAGACUUCCUUGCUUUGGUGUAAGGGUGCUCACUCCUCACCAGGCUGUUGUAGUAUUUGGAUUUGCAUUCCAGUCCUUAGGAAGGGGGUCCUGAGGGCCAGCACUGAGGAUUGAAGAGGGAGGGGUAUGGGGUUCCUUCCUAUUUCCAUUACGCCACAGACCCUUCACCUGGUUCUGAAGAGCCACUCUGACCCACAUCCCCUCACAGCAGUCCCACCUUCUCCAGCCCAUCCCUGCACAAGUUCCCUGCAUGCCCACCUCUCUCCAUUCUCCUCCCCUCCCCCUUUUCUUCUCAUGGAGACAGUAUUGCUUUCUGUCUCUUCCUUCUUUGGUCUAGACCCAACCUGACCAACGAUGACCAUUUCUUAGGCUCAGCUCUUGAAACAGGAAUGAGUGUCUGCACUUCAGCCAGCAGCUUGGUCUUCGGUGCUUUCAGGGUCCUGGGGUCUGUUGGGAGGGAAGAGGAGAACUAGGCCUGACUGAACCAGAGCUACCUGACCCUCAGAGGCAGAUCUAAGACAUCCUCGAGACCCUAGCAUUUCUCCUUGGAUAGGGGACCAGAGGGGCUUGGAAUGUGGCAUAAGAACAAGGAGAAGUUACCUAAAGGAUGUCAGUGUUUUCUCCCUCUGCAUGGGUUGGAUUUUACAAAGUCACACCGCAGAAGGUCAGCAAUUAUAGUGAAUAUGUGAUGAUAAACAAUGAGGUGGCCACGCUGGUGUGGGGCCCCUCCCCCUCACAGCCUUGGCCCUUUUCCACUGAUAGAACCCAGGUCAGGGGAUCUCAGAAGACAUGGGUGGAGGGCAGGGGAGAUGCCCGUGGUUUUUGGCACAGUUGUUAAUUUCACUGGGAUUUUGAAUUCUUUUCUGUCUGAACACAAAGCCUGUGCUAGUCCUAGCCGGACACUAGGGGGUGGGGGUGGGGGAAGAUGCUGUAAUGAAACUGGUUAGUCAAUGUUGUCUUAAUAUUGUUGACAAUUCUGUAAAGUUCCUUUUUAUGAAUAUUUGUUUAAGCUAUUUCACCUUUGUUUUGAAAUCCUUCCCUUUUAAGGAAAAAAUGUGACACUUGUGAAAAAGCUUGUAAGAAAGCCCCUCCUCCACCACCCUUUUUUUUUCCUUUAAACCUCCUUUAAAUGACAAAUCUUCUAGGUAAUUAAGGUUGUGAAUUUUUAUUUUUGCUUUGUUUUUAAUGAACAUUUGUCUUUCAGAAUAGGAUUGUGUGAUAAUGUUUAAAUGGCAAAAAUAAAACAUGAUUUUGUGCAAUUAACAAAAAGCUACUGCAAGCAAAAUAAAAACGUUUCUUGUUAACACAA